AUGGCAUUCAACUUUAACAUGCAAUUGUCCUGCAGUAAAAAGACAGAUGACAACCAGUGGUGGGAACUUUUUGACCAGAACACUUCUAGAUUUUACUACUACAAUGCUACAAGCCAGAAGACAGUGUGGCAUAGGCCACAGAACUGUGACAUCAUUCCUCUGGCAAAACUCCAGACUCUUAAACAGAAUACAGAAGUACUGGAUGAAGAAAAAACAGGUGUCAAGAAGGAAUCAGUUGGGACACAGACCGCUACAAAAGGACUUAUGCAAGAAGAUCUUCCUCGCUUCAUCAAAUCCUCAGCUGUAUGUGUGUCAACACAAACUAGCCCUGUUUCUUCGCCCCAACUACGACGUAAACACCAUCAUCACCACCACAAGCACACCCCAAGCCCUUCCUCACCUCUUCAUCCCCCUACAUCAGGUCAACUUUUCAAUGGAGACACACAAGAAGAAGAGAAGUCAAAUGGUGACCAGUCAUGCCAGACUUCUUGGCACUACCAACCUUCCCGCUCCCAGGACUCUGGACGUUCUAGUGACUCUAGUUCUGUUUCGCAGAGUCGAAACUCUCUAGAAAGUAGCAGACAGCUGGAGUUUUCAACUCAGCUAAAACCAUCUAUUUUAGAAGACUCUACACAGCAAGUCCGAUAUCAAUCAGGAACGGACUUUAUUCGACAGACUUCACUAGAUUUGGAAUGCUCACAAUCUCUUGGCUCAUGGAAACACCACAGUAUAGAUUCACCAUAUCUGGGGGAAUGGGGUGUGACCCUUGGACAGUAUUCUAAGGAUCGAGGAAGUUGGCAGACAGGUAGAUCACGUCAGUUGGAAUAUCCUCAUCGACGACACCGAAGCGAAGUAGUGUCACCUAGUCAGAGAGAAGAUGCCAUUCUUCCUAAGUAUUCAGAGAAGUUUUCUUCCGACAGAAGACAAAGUUCAAGUAUCAGCCCAUCUCUGACUGACCCUAGUAGAAUAAAGAGCAGAGAAGUGAGUGUCGAGUCUUUCAGAAAAAAACAGAGCUCUCCUGAUAGUUCCACAUUGUCUGCAGAUUCUCCUGUUCUUGGAUGUGACACUAGUCAUGGAGACCAUGGGCGGAACAUAACACCUACAAAGUGGUUGACUCGAGCUAAUCUGGAAUCCCAACACCUCUCCUCUAAGAAAGGCGAAGAAGAUGAUGUCUCUCUAGAAUCAUACUUUAAUAGCUCCUUCCCAAGCAAGUCUCAACAAGCUAAGGAAAGAGCUUCCCAUAAUGAUGAGCCAACACCACUGUAUAGUAACCUGGAUUAUCCUGGUCUGUGGGAUAGUGACACAGACAAAGGUUCAUAUCUACUACCAUUACAGCACUAUUUAUUGGAACAAGCCAAACUUUCAGGGUACAAGUUUGGGGAUCUUUUUGCGGAUGACAAAGACUCUUUGUCUCUGAGUGAUGAGUCAGAGUGUAGACAUGAUGAAGAUGAUGACUUUGCUGAUGAUGAGGGAAUGAGUCAUCAAGAUUCAUCUUCUCAAGAAUACCUGGAUGAGACUAGGUUUUUGGACGAUGAUGAUGAUAGUGACACCUUUUGUGGUCCUCUCACAUCACCAUGUCAACUGAGAAACAAAGUUAGUCAUAAAUUAUUAGACCCAAGGCUAGAAAUGGACUUUGGUGAAAGUGAUAAUAGUAGUAUCUUCUCAACAUCUUCACCAGUUUUACAACAUCGUGGCGGUCCUAUUCCUCCAUCGUCCUUAGCGUUGAACACACAGCAUGCUUCUCUUCGUCGUAAGCGCACAGAAUCUCCUCCAUUAUACUCCCCAGUUCUCGAGAAAUCUCAGUCAUUUCAGCCAGACAUGGGUCAAGAGAAUAACCAACGUCCAUCGUCCAUGAUGGCUUCUAGCAUGACAGAAGGAACUGUUCCUGGACAUGUAAUAUCGGGAUCUCUUCACAGACAGGCUGGUGGAAAAAUGACAACUGGUUUCUAUAAGGACAAGAAACCACCUUCAGAAAGUGACAUAGAAAAGUAUGCACAAGAUAAUUUAAACAGACACAAGAAAGGAAUUUUUAGGAAGAAAUUUACUAUACAAGAUAUGUUGACCUGGUCUAAGGACUUAAUCAGGAAACCUAUGAUAAUGACCACAGACAAGGCACUCAAAAGAGAUGCUUGUGAAGUCUUCAAACUUAUUCAGACCUACAUGGGUGAUCGCAAAGCCAAGAGUGGACAGUCGGUGGAUGCUGUGGCUCUAGACAUAGCCACUAGGGGGUGGAGUAAACAAGCCUUGCGAGAUGAGCUUUAUAUCCAAAUUUGUCGUCAGACAAAUGACAAUCCAAAGAGGGAAAGUCUGAAGUUGGGUUGGGAGUUGAUGGCUAUCUGUUUGUCUUUCUUUCCACCAUCUAUAAAGUUUCAACCUUACUUAGAGAGCUACAUCAGCCGGCAUAAAGAUGAAACAACCCUUGAUACACCUGAGCUUAAAAUCAGUCAUUAUGCUGCCAUCAACAGCAAGAGAUUGGAGCGAAUUGGACAGAGUGGAGCUAAGAAAGGACUGAGGAAGCCAACACUAGAAGAGAUAGAACAGUCUAGAAUUCAAAUUUUUCGGCCUUCAAUGUUUGGCAACACAUUAGAAGAGGUGAUGGCAUUACAGAAGGACAGAUACCCCAACCGUUGGUUACCGUGGAUCCAGACAACUCUCUCUGAAAGUGUACUUCAGUGGAAUGGAGCACAGACUGAAGGUAUCUUCAGGGUGCCAGGGGACAUUGAUGAAGUGAAUGCCAUGAAGGUACGGAUGGAUCAGUGGGAAAUAGCUGAGUGUAAUGAUCCACAUGUUCCAGCAUCACUUCUAAAGCUGUGGUAUAGAGAGCUUUAUGAACCUCUUAUCCCAGACAAAUUCUAUGAUGAGUGUGUGGAACACUGCAAUGAUCCACAGACUGCAAUAAACAUUGUAGAAAGGUUACCGGAAAUCAAUCGUCUUGUGUUGUCAUAUUUGAUAAGAUUUCUACAGGUAUUUGCAGCUGAACAGAAUGCUGCUGUAACUAAAAUGGAUGCCAGUAACUUAGCAAUGGUCAUGGCUCCAAACUGCUUACGGUUCAUGUCUGAUGAUCCAAGGGUCAUUUUUGAGAACACAAGGAAAGAGAUGGCUUUUGUAAGGACAUUGAUUCAGAAUCUUGACACUAGCUACAUGGAAGGAGUUAUCUGACAUCCGGGAGAAAAGUGCCGAGGACAUGAUGUUUAGCAACUGAAUGGAAGUGUAACUUAAAAAUAUGUAUUAUGUGUGGUUAUAAAUGAGAUAUAAAAUUAAGAAAGAACUCUUUUCCAAUCUGUAACUUUUAUAGGACUCAGAUUUCUCUGGUGUAUGAUUAGUUAAAGGUGAGAACAUUUGAAUGAGCUUACACUAGUACCACUUUCAUGAUCUCUAGUUAUACAGGCAACUAAUUCAAAAAUAACCAUUUUAUGUGGGUAGAACUGCUGACUGAUACUUGUACCUAACUUGUGAAAACUAUCUAUACAAUUCUGUAAAUUUUCAAAUACUAAUAAUUGAACUAGUCCAGCUGUGUAAAGCUAAUAAUGUUCCAAAAAUUGAUUAGUGUCAUGUAAGGCAUUAAUUAACAAAUGAUUAAAUCUCUUAAACUGUGUAUAAAAAUGAAACUGCUCAUAACAUCAUUGCAAAUAUGUUACAAAAGUAUCUUAUUUCACUCAUCAGAUGCAAUACUUAGAGUUGUUACAGUAAAAGCCUGAGAUAUGAUAGAUACCAGAAUAUACUGGCAGAUAAUGUAUUGUUCAAUGAACAAUAUUUGAUGGAUGAUAUUUUUCUAAAAGUUUUGAAACUGCCCCUCCCCCCUUCACAUGUCUCACUCUGUUCUGGAGAUUCUCCCCUCCAAAUUUAUGUAUAUACUACUGAACAGAAUUGAAAAACAUUAAGUUUUAGCUUUGACUGGUACUAUUUACUUGUUUCAAAUAUUUAGGAUAACAUGGAAUAGUGUUGUGCAUUAAUUAAAUAUUUUCCCUUUGUUAGGUUUUAUUCUCAUAACAUAAUUAAUAAGAUAAGAUGUGAGUGAAAACUGGAAACUGUGUCUGUAUUGUUCAUAUCUAACCUUUGGUAUAAUUCGUUGAUUAGAUCACAAUAAAAUAUAUGUAGAGAUACUCUUAUCCCUAAUCUUUUCUUCCAUCAGUUUUAUCUUUACUCUCUCUUUUCAGCCAUGAAUUUUAUUGCUACGUACCGUAAGAGAUUUAAAAAUUUCAAAUACAUUAAUAGGAAAGCCUACAGUAUUCACUUCCAAGAUAAUAAACUAGGCCUAGAAAUAGAUUAUUUGAUACAGCUGUCAGCUAUAGCUCAGAGCAAUUGAGGUUGUGCUUUUUGUCAUCAUAUUUGUAUCUGUGUAAGUUUUAAAACUGUGAACAUCUCUUCAUCAUAUUUAGUGUAAUAAUACAUUAACUUUCUUGACUUAUAUAAUAGACUUAUGCUGUUCAUUAGUUGUAAUUCGGCCCUUUUUUAUGAAAUCCACACCAUUAGAUGUUUCAACUGAUAUUCUGUGGCAGAAGCUCUACCAUGUGUAAUUAAAGUAACUCAAACAGCCCGCGAUUAACAUUUAGUGAAUGUUUCUUGUUUCAGGUGGCAGAAUGACAGAGAUGGACAGUAAUUAUAUAAAUAUAAUAACGUUUGCAAGAAAUUUAUUUACUAAGUGAAGUCAGAACUACUAAUGAAAUUGUUUCUUUAGAGUUUGUUUCAGAAACUCUGUUCUCAUUCUUUCAUUUAGUACUUUUAACUAGGUACACAUAUAUAUCUUUAAUAGUUAACAGUAACUUUCAAUAAACCUGAAUAUAUAACUUUUACAAUAUAAUUUUUUUAGAGUGAGUUUAAUUUCUUUCUUUAAGAACCUUUUAAAAGAAGAAACUAAUCAGACUCAAGCUACAAUAUGCUUUGAAGUACAUUUUGUAAUAUUUAAGCUAUUGAUGCAAUCACAGCAAUGAAUAACAAAAAAAUAUUAUUGUUUUAAAUCUUUGUAUUUUUUGGUUCACAUUUUAUUCCUGAAUUUUUUUUUUUAAGAUUAAUAUUAGUGACAUUAUAAAUUAUGUAAAGUCAGGUUUGAUGGUUAUUCAUCAUGACAUUGAUCUCCUUUUAAAUGUUUCAUUAUUUCAAUUCUUUACCAGCUCAAAGAAGUUAAGAUUUAUAAUGUACACUAGAAGGUACAAACAUUUUACCCUACACUCAUAGACAAUGAGUCACAGUGUAUGUUUGUUUGGGAUUGGCUUUGAAAACAUUAUAUGUAUUUGGUUAUUAUACAGUUUAAAUGUGUAUGAUUUUAAUUAAAGAGAAAUUUAACAUUAUGUAAUAGCUGAUUUGACCUUAGUGUUGAAGACAAUAGAAGUACUUCAGUUCUCCAUGAUAAUCUCCUGUGACCUACCAUGAAACAAAAGUAUAUAAAGCUUAACAUUGUGCCAACAUUGAACUAUGUAACUUACAUGGUUGGCAUAAAAUCACUGGUACUAAAUAAAUCAAAUGACUUGUAAUCAAAAUUUAUUAGUUAUAAUAAUUGGAGAAAGUCAGACCAAAAAGAACAUGUUAAAAGCGUGACUUCUCCAUUAUUUAUUUUUCUUACAGGUAACUUGUUCUUUUGGUUGUGCAUCAAGUUUUAAGAACUGAACCUUUUUUUUUUUUUUAAGAGAAAUGCAAAAUUUAUACAAUACUUAAAGUUUAUUUUAUGGGUACUUUAUUGUUUGGGUGUUUUAUUGGGUAUACAAGGUUCAAUAAGUCAAGAAAUCUUAUUGUUUUAAGUCAGCGUAUUUCUGUCUACCAAUCUGAAAUUCCAAAAAUGAAGUAAGAAUAAUAUUUAGUAAACAUGCAUUAGGUUAUUUUUUUGUAUAUUGAUAAUAAACACAUUCAUGUGAGUUAGAAGUUUACUUUCAAAACUUCUAGAUUUUGUUUUUGACUUUACAAAAUAUUGAAUAGAUUAAAAUGUUCAAAAUUAUUAGAUCAGACAUAAACCACCAGAAACAAAAAAAAGCAUGAUAUUUUAAAUGAGCAUGAUAGAGAAGAAAGUUAAGUUUACUGCUGAUGUUUUAGCUCAAAUCUCGGCAAGUCUAUGUGCCAAUGUUUCCAAGAAUAUACUUAGUUUUUCCUAUGAAAGAUGUAACAGGUAUAUUUAGAAAGAGACUGGAUUUUGUUAAUUAUAUUAGAUUGAAUUGCUAAAUAUACAACAUCAUGCAGACUGUAAAACUUAUGAAUAUCGUAUUCAAUUUUCCUUGUGAGAUGUGAAUCUUACGAGUAUGUUACUCAGUUCUCCCUGUGGCAUGUGAAUCUUAUGUAAAUGGUACUCAGUUUUCCAUGACAUGUGAAUCUUACAAGUAUGUUACUCAGUUCUCCCUGUGGCAUGUGAAUCUUAUGUAAAUGGUACUCAGUUUUCCAUGACAUGUGAAUCUUACGAGUAUGUUACUCAGUUCUCCCUGUGGCAUGUGAAUCUUAUGUAUAUGAUACUCAGUUUUCCAUAACAUGUGAAACUUAUGAUUAUGGUAUUCAGUUCUCCCUGUAGCAUGUGAAUCUUAGUAUUAUAAAAUAUUGAAAGUAUGUGGUUAUCUUGGUAUUUUAUAGGUUUUUAUAUAGAAAAAAUGAGGUUAUGAUUUCCAUUAUAACUAACCAGUCUGUCUUGUAUAUCUUUCCUCUUUUGUAAUUAUAUAUUUUUACUUGAUUUAACCUAGGUAUAAUUUGACAAACAUCUAAUGUAGAUAUGCAAUCUGUUUUAGUCAUCAUGACACUAGACCUUUUUAACCACAUAAAAAAGUGGGUCUUCAGGUGAACUGAUGGAAAUUGUCAUUGUAUUAUAUGUUAUAUGUAAACGAAACAGACUUUCCCUAGUGUUAAAACAUUAUAAGUACUUUUGAUUUUAACAAUAUAUUUAUCAGAAAUUAAUUUCUGACAUUGUACAGAUGGCUGUUUUUGUUUGUAUAAGAACACUCCUAUGAAAUAUUUCAGUGUUUUUAACAUGUUAAUAUAAUAAUCCAGAAUUGUACUAAAUAUUUUUAAUGUAAAAUAUUCGUUUUACUUAACACAGUUAUUGUGGCUUUUUAUUAGAUAAUUAACUUUAGUGAAGUGUUUAGAUUGUUUGAUUUUUAUCUGUAUGUCUUACAGUUGAUAGAAAAUUUUGUAUUUGAGAUUUUAUCCUUUGAUGUGCUGAAUAUCUUACCAACUAUGAAAGGGCUGGUUGAAUUUUGUUAAAAGUGAAGGAACAUGUGAAAGAAGUAAAAAUAUUCAAAUUUCUUUGCAUAAUAACUUUAGGCCUGGUAAAAUUAUUAAUUAAAGUAUUUUCAUUCUGUGUGAGAAGAUUAUAUCUCAUCUUUUGUAAUGGCUAAACUUCUGAUCUAGUUAAGUCUUGUUUUAGGUGAAUUAUGAGAAUUUUUAAAUACUUUAUUGAAAACCCCAUCUUUCUUUUGUAUCAGCUCAUAAUCUCAUCAAAUUUCUGUGAUUUUGAUGCAGUAUUUUUAUAAAGUUACGUAUAUUUUUAUUUUAUAUUAACUUUUCCCAUAAAUCUCUUUUAUUUUUUAAUUGUCUCUUAAAUAUGAGGCAUUUGUAUAAUUGUUCUGUAUUAAUUUCUAACUGUACUGAAUUAUUUUUUGACAGAUUUUACCUACUAUUAAUACCAGCUUUCCGGUAUCAUUGGAUUUCUGCAUGUUAGGAUAUAUUUCUUACACAUUCAGACAGUUAGUUUUCCAGUUAUACGUUUUUAAUCUUAUACUUUUAAUGCAUUUAACAAAGCCUAUGCAUACUAUUUUCUUUCAAAACUAGUGUAUAUAUAUGGUGCUUGCUUCACGCUUGUGUGCCAUCUGAUAUGAACUGAAAAUAUUGGUACAAGUUUUCUGUAGCCAGUUUCCGACCACCAGUGAUAGUUGUUUUUUUAUAUUUACGUUAAACUGUUUUAUUUACUGAUUAUAGUGAAGUUUAUUUUGUCUUCUCACUAAUGGUAUUGAUGUUAGUAUAUUAUGGUACUGUCUGGCUUACUGAUGACAGUGUCAUUUGUGAACUAUGAUACUGUCUUACUGACAAUAGUGAUAUUUGCAGAUUAUGAUACUGUCUUACUGAUGAUAAUGAUGUUUGUGGUUUAUGUUACUGGCUUGCUUACUAACGAUAGUGAUGUUUGUGGUUUAUGUUACUGUCUUACUUACUAACGAUAGUGAUGUUUGUGGUUUAUGUUACUGGCUUACUUACUAAAGAUAGUGAUGUUUGUGGUUUAUGUUACUGUCUUGCUUACCAACGAUAGUGAUGUUUGUGGUUUAUGUUACUGUCUUGCUUACUAAAGUUAGUGAUGUUUGUGGUACUGGCUUGCUUACUAACAAUAGUGAUGUUUGCGGUUUAUGUUACUGGCUUGCUUACUAAUGAUAGUGAUGUUUGUGGUUUAUGUUACUGUCUUACUUACUAAAGAUAGUGAUGUUUGUGGUUUAUGUUACUGGCUUGCUUACUAACGAUAGUGAUGUUUGUGGUUUAUGUUACUGGCUUGCUUACUAACGAUAGUGAUGUUUGUGGUUUAUAUUACUGGCUUGCUUACUAACGAUAGUGAUGUUUGUGGUUAAUGUUAUUGUCUUAAUUACAAAUAAAUAUAAUGUUUGAGGUUUUUUAUGAUACAUCCAUAUCUUUUGUUUAUUUAAGCAUUAUCAGAAGGUAACAUUGUGUUUUAUCAAUCUUAGUAACUGGACAGUCCUUAAUUUUGUUUUUGUGAAAUUCCCUUAGAAGGCCAAAGUACAAGUCAGUUUUGUUUUUGUCAUUGAAGAAAAUGUUAAUUGGAGAACAAUAUUUUUUGGUGAACUGAGUAAGAAAUUUUUAAAAUGAAAUUGGUUGUUUGUAUAUAUUGUUGGGUAAAAGAAACCUGACUGUUACAGUAUCUCAUACGUAGCAGUGUGAAUAGAGCCAGAUUGAAACUUAUAUUGUUGCUUAUUGUAUUAAUGUACAGUUUGAGCUGAGUGUUCCUUAAAGGAAAUAUUUAUUUAUCAUAUUUUAUUUUUCUGUUUUUUUUCUUUGCAAAGCAAUUAGAUGCUUUUGUUGACUAAACAUUUUGUUGCCAAGUGUACUGUGAGAGUAAUUUACUUAUGAAAGUACAACAGAAGCUAUUAUAAUAAAUGAAAUUAUUCACAACUAA